AUGACUGCCCGCCAAGUCGGCAAAGUGAAAUGGUUCAAUGACGAGAUGGGCUACGGCUUCAUCACACCUGAUAAAGGGGAGGACCUCUUUGUGCAUUACCGUGCUAUACAGGCUGCGGGAUUUAAAAGCUUGACGGAAGGGCAGAGAGUCAGUUUCGUUGUAGUUCAAGGCCAAAGGGUUACCCUCCUCCCUCCCGAAGAACUACCUACAGCGUUGCAGAAUAACCGCCCGGAUCAGCUUCCGAAGAGAUUGUUCAUAGUAUCCCAGUUCAUGACUGCCCUCCAACAGCCUUACAACAACGCUCGUUUUGGGGCCUUGAUAUUCACGCCUCCAACACUGCCUCCGCGACUCCUGCUUUUGCAGCGAACAGGUAGCUCGGAUCCAAAUGCAUUUUCUGGUGCCUGGGAUAUACCGUCAGGCUUCCCACAGGCACAUGAUGACACCUUACUUUUUACCCUCGUUCGAGUGGUGGAGCAACAAACUGGGCUCAAUAUCCACAGCAUAAUCUCAAUGGCGGGCUCGGAAAAAGGCCCAGAUCCAGAAGUGUCUGACGGUCUGCAGUGGAUGAAGCUGUUCUUCUCCGUAGAAGUAGAAGAGCUCUCUGGAACGUUCACAAAAUCCCAUUCCAACACCUUCGGAACCGACAGAGACGGUGCGUUAGAGGCCAGCUAUCCAGAUUACAACGCAGUCUUAAUCUCACUGGAUCAAACAAGGCAUCAGCAAUACUUUUGGGCCACCGAAAAAGAUCUUCAGGAAUUCCUAGAUUCAAGCUUGUACCCGCCAUGGGAAAGGACACAGUACGAGAUCAUGCUACAUGCCUUCGAGUUACUAAAACAGACCCGUACUUCAAUGACGAUGCCUCUUCCCUCUCAAAAUGGUUCCCAGCAAGAGAGUCUCCAAGAGGAUUCUCAAGAGUCUCUUCCUAGCCUUUUCCGUUCUAUCCCGACGUUCGUCGUCAAUUCCACGCAGUAG